AUGGCUCGCACUAAGCAAACUGCUCGUAAGUCCACUGGUGGCAAAGCGCCUCGCAAGCAGCUGGCCACCAAGGCGGCUCGCAAGAGUGCGCCGGCCACCGGCGGCGUGAAAAAACCCCACCGUUACCGACCCGGCACGGUGGCCUUGCGCGAGAUCCGCCGCUACCAAAAGUCCACGGAGCUUCUUAUCCGUAAACUGCCUUUUCAGCGCCUUGUGCGUGAGAUCGCCCAGGACUUCAAAACCGACCUGCGCUUCCAGAGUUCGGCGGUAAUGGCACUGCAGGAGGCAUGCGAAGCCUAUCUGGUGGGUCUUUUCGAGGACACCAACCUUUGCUGUUGGUUUGCUUCUUUCAAAACCAUGUCUGGACGCGGCAAAGGCGGUAAGGGUCUGGGUAAGGGAGGCGCUAAGCGCCACCGCAAGGUUCUGCGCGACAACAUCCAGGGCAUCACCAAACCCGCCAUCCGCCGUCUGGCCCGGCGUGGCGGUGUGAAGCGCAUCUCUGGUCUCAUCUACGAAGAGACCCGCGGGGUGCUGAAAGUGUUCCUAGAGAACGUGAUCCGGGACGCCGUCACCUACACCGAGCACGCCAAACGCAAGACUGUCACCGCCAUGGACGUGGUCUAUGCGCUUAAGCGCCAGGGACGCACUCUCUACGGCUUCGGCGGUUAAGCUUUCCGAUUUCGCUAUCAAGAAUUAGCAUUUCUCAACCA